AAAAAAAAAAUUGUUUUGAGUCGAUGAUGAUCGUGGAAGAUUGGUUGACAAAAUCAUAGAUCAGCACCAGAAUCGCAGGGAAUGGGAAAGAAAAUGUGGGUGUUUGGAUGGCUGUGUCUGAUAUUUAUCGGUGUCAAUGUUGUAUCGUCCCAGGAACCCGAGUUUGGUUCUGCUCGUGUUGUUUUCCAGACCAACUAUGGAGACAUUGAGUUUGGGUUCUUUCCAACCGUUGCACCUAAAACUGCUGAACACAUUUUCAAACUUGUUCGUCUGGGCUGCUAUAAUACCAAUCACUUCUUCAGGGUUGACAAGGGUUUUGUUGCUCAAGUGGCAGAUGUUGUAGGCGGGAGAUCUGCUCCCAUGAACGAGGAACAAAGAGUAGAAGCUGAAAAGACUGUUGUUGGCGAGUUUAGUGAUGUUAAACAUGUGAGAGGCAUUCUUUCUAUGGGAAGAUAUUCAGAUCCAGACAGUGCAUCAUCUUCAUUCUCCAUACUUCUUGGAGAUGCUCCUCAUCUUGAUGGGCAGUAUGCAAUAUUUGGCAAAGUUACUAAAGGUGAUGAAACAUUGAGAAAGCUUGAAGAAGUCCCUACUCGUCGUGAGGGGAUUUUUGUAAUGCCAACUGAGCGCAUCACGAUUCUGUCAUCCUACUAUUAUGAUACUGAAAUGGAGAGCUGUGAGAGGGACAGAUCAAUUUUGAAAAGAAGGCUGGCGGCAUCAAUUGUUGAGAUAGAAAGACAGAGAAUGAAGUGCUUUGCGUAACAUGUUUUUGAAGAUACACGAGGAGAAAUGCUAUAGUAGCGAGUUACCCAGAAAUAUGCUGUUUGUGUAGAGUCAAGAGUACUUGUGAUAAAACAGUUUCGCUAAGAACCUCCGUGAUACAUACAGGUGAAAAAAUAACACCAACUGAUACUGUCAAUUAAAAAGAUUCCAUUCCUUGUUAUACUUCAGUCUGUGCACCACCUUACUGCCCUGCACAGAUAGUCUGUGUUGGAAUUACUGUUCUUUUUGUCAUGCUAUAUCAAGUCAGUGGAGUGUUAAUUAGAAAUAACUACAGAGAUUCUUUAACUUAAAAUUUCCGGCAUUAUCCAAUUCUACAAGCUAGCUUGUGAAAACAUUUUUAUUGUGUA